AUGAAGUCUUUCAAGUCCUCUAAGUCUUUCAGAACCUACAAUUCUUUCAAGUCAGCUACGAAUGACGUGACACCAGAAAUAGCUCUGCUUGAGCUUGCAGAGAUUGAUCUUGAGUCUCUAAUGAAACGGAAAAGAAGAUCAUCAUAUGUAAGGAUUGUAAGUAAGCAGAUGGUUGGGAUUUUCCUCACUGUAUGGGUUCGUAGGAGCUUGCGUAAACAUAUUCAGAAUGUAAAGGUGUCUACUGUUGGUGUUGGUGUCAUGGGAUAUAUUGGUAACAAGGGAUCUAUAUCUGUCAGCAUGUCAGUGUAUCAGACGUUUUUUUGUUUUGUGUGCACUCACCUGACAGCAGGUGAGAAAGAUGGAGAUGAAAUAAAAAGGAAUGCUGAUGUGCAUGAAAUACAUCGAAGAACUCACUUUCAUUCAUUUUCUGAUAUUGGACUUCCCAGAAGUAUCUAUGAUCAUGAAAGAAUAAUUUGGUUGGGCGAUCUAAAUUAUCGCCUUAACUUGUCAUAUGAAAAAACACGAGAACUUAUCUCCAAAAAGGAGUGGUCCAAGUUGUUUGAGAAUGACCAGCUUGCACGACAAUUUAAGAAAGGUCGUCCAUUUGAUGGAUGGUCCGAGGGUGUUCUGAAGUUUCCACCAACAUAUAAAUAUGAGGCUAAUUCAGAGAAGUACUACGGUGAUGAUCCGAAGACUGGGAGGCGGACUCCAGCAUGGUGUGACCGCAUUCUUUCUUAUGGCCGAGGAAUGAGGUUACUGAGCUAUAGAAGGGCUGAACUUAAACUUUCUGAUCAUCGACCAGUGACUGCCACAUAUAUGGCUGAGGUUGAGGUGUUCUCUUCUAGGAAGCUUCAACGGGCCCUCACAUUCACUGAUGCAGAGAUUGAAAAUGAGGAAAUCGCAAUGGAUACGGGUAUUGAUGUUGGAAUGAACUGCUUAAAAUUGGAACAAGAUAUUUCUGAUUGGGAGCGUUGA